AUGGCGUCGACAACAACAAGGCUUCCCCCUUGGUUACUGCUUUCAAAAGAAGAUAUCGUAAAAUCAAGCGAGUGGAAAGACUUGACCUCAGAACUUUUCGAUGCAGUACAACAGCAGCUCACGGAAAGCCAUGUUUCUUACUUUUCCGAUCUCACCGAUUCGGAGAAAAUCAUGUUUCUUGACCGUGCAGCAAAGCUCGUUCGCGAUGGGUCUUCCUACCGAAAUCUGACAGGAAAGGUUUCAAGAGUUCUUGAUCAAAAUCUUAACGAGAAAGUAACACAAAAAGUUGUCGAUCCAUCAAAUAAACAGACAAAGACAGAACUUCUUCUACAAGAGGCCUCAAGUGCAUCCAUUCAGUUGUUACAAAGAUGGCCAGCUUUGAGAACCAAACUGUUUGCUUGUUUAAACCGUCCUUUACCAAAAGACCUGCGAAACGCAAUAUGGAAAAUGUUUCUAGCUAACCCGAUCGUUCGUCAAGAGUAUUUAGAAAAGACUUUAAGAAACAAACAAGAGACAAUUUCCGCGCACGAUACAGCAAUAAGUCAGAAGUGUCAUGCUUUUCUUUCGUUAGAGUCAGCAUCACCACGAGAACUUGUAUCUCACCCCGCUGUGCUUGCUGUCAUGAAAUCGGCCCUAUCCUACCGACACGUUGUAAUGAAACACACAUCAGCAAUGGCUGAUACAGACUAUUUGUUAGUGUUGCCUUUUCUGAAAGCACUAGUUGCUGAUGACGGUGAUAAACCAGUUGAUGCUGAGGAAAUUGCAGGCUUUAUUGAAGUCUACUUCACCUUUAUGGACGGUAGAUCUCCCUUAAUGAGAGAUUCUAGAUCCAAGGUAUUGACCUCAUGCUACUUAAUGUAAGACUCUGCGUAUAUUUUUUAUCCAGAGUUAAUAAUAAUAGUAAUAAUUAUAACAAUAAAUAAUGAUCAUUUAGACUCAUUAACUGAGAGAGUAUGUUAAACAGAAAGUUUGAAGACAUAAUCCACAUAAUAAAAAAGCUCUUGUCCAUUAUACCCUUGCCAGCCAAAAGGUGAUAAAGGAUAAAAACAAUUUGUUGAGGGAAUUGUAUUCAUUAUGACAGGUAUAACCUUGUAUAUCACAAGAGCUAUAUCAGGCUGUGAGACAUGCCAGGCAGAGUAUGUUUAAUGGUGCCCCUGAAAACCAGUCUUAAUUAACCAUAUCAGCCAGAAUGUAACUUGGCCAUUGUUUAAUUCAUCAUUAUAUUCUGCUGCCUUUAGGAGUUCUUUUCAGCUCAAAAGCAAUAUGGAAACAAAAUGACUACAGCUUUGGAUGCAAAAGAUAAACAGCUUCUUUCCUCUUUACAGAGACUACUUUCACCAGGUACCGUACCCUAGCUGCUUAAACUAUUAUACCAAAGCACUUGGGAUUUUAUGUAUACCCACCAUUAUGUAAUACAUUCAAAGCCAUAAGUCUGGAACCCAAAGAGCCUGCAUAAACUGUCCACCAGGUCUAUAAUAAGUGGGUGUCCUGUGAUGAAAGUCUAGACCAUCUGCAAAUUAAAAUUUGUCAAUGACUUGCCUUUAACGACAGUUGUUCAGUUUCUAGCUUUGUGCGAACAGUUUAAAAUACUUCAAUUGCUAAUUAAUGGUCAAUUUCUGUGUGUGCAGAUAAGACUGUUCCUUUAGGAGAAAGUUUGGCUGCUCUCCUGCGUUCAUAUGCAAGAUGCAUGUUUGUUGGUGUGUAUGAUUUAACCUUGAUUAUGAAGAAAUGUUGAUUACUUGUAUAAUGUAAUUGGUACAGCUGUGUAAUACAACAAAAUGCUUGUUACAUAGCCAAUUAGGGUAGGUCUUGAGCAUUCCUUCUUUCACCUCUCUGUAAAAAACCUAAACUGGUAGGGAACUUAUCACAUCAGUUAUUUGCAUUGUGUCACUAGAAUAUAAAUCCAAGACUAUUGACACUAUUACUACCAAAUUAAUGAGCAUUUCUGUACUGGACAGAGAGCUUGACUUUUAAGCAUGAUAUAGUGGUGAGUAUCUAUAAAGAGAUCCAUUACUAUAAUUGAAAAUUAUUGUAAGGACACAACCAAGUAAAUCUCAUCUGGAUUGAUUCAAAUCUUUUCUUUUCUUACAUGGCAGGUUUUCUGUCUCUUGAUGUGGUGUGUUACAUUUGGGAUCAGUAUAUACUGAGUAUGAAGCUACCUUCCUUUAACUGCAUUGCCACUUUCUCUACUGCCUUGCUUAUAUUGCUGAGAGAUCAAAUAUUAAAAUGCAGAAAUGUAAGUGCGAAUUAUUCCAUCAAUUGUGUAUGUAGAUUAAGGGAGCCUGGGCAUAGUUAAAUAAAAUUGUAUUCUAAGCUAGAGCAGCACUUUAAGGAUAUUGGCAAGUUGUUAUUCUCUUAAAUAUUAAACACUUAAUUACUGGUCCCAAGGGAAACAGUUAAUUUUGUUUCCGCCGAGUGAAACAUUGAGAUUCAAGGGAAACAAAAUUGACUGUUCCCGAGGGACCAGUCUUUAAGUGAUUUGUUAUUUAGCUGGAAAAUUUUGAGGUUGGAAAUUCAUUAAACCUCACUGUACUGGCAGCAAUUGGUCAACAUUCAUAGGUCAUGAACAGCACACUGUCUACUGUUAUCCUCCAAUGUCAUAAAUUGUACGGUGUUGCCUUCUCAGAGAUUUUGGCGGGAAACAGUUUCAUUGUUAGAUGUCAUGUGACCUUGUAGUAACCAAUGACAGUACGUGCUGUUGGGAAAAAAUUUCCAACUGAAACAAUACAACGUAUUUUGGACACUGAUGUCACCAAACAUUAUCCCAAUUCAACUUCUGUAAGGAAUGCAUUUGGAUCCUUAGAUGGCCAGGGCAAUUUAGCAGCCAUUCAACUCUUAAUGGCAUGCAGUUGUGCUCAAAGCAAGAGUUGAAACAAAAGGGAAUUUUCAAAAGGGGAAGGUUAUUCCAUCUCCUGAUGAAGAAUACAACUUAAGAAUUUAAGGUUAGUUACUUAUAUCCAAGUCUUGUAGCUAGUCUUACAUUAUAAACAAUUAACAAUGCCAUAUUCAUUUAUCUCUCUCAAGGCUAAAGAAGUUGAGGAAAUGUUACUCGCUGAGAGCAAAAAUUUGACAAUAAGAGAUUUUCAAACUGUGGUAAGUGAAUCAGUACUUCUUUUCAUGUGCUCUCGCGAUGGACUCACUGAAAUUGGAAGCCUUAAAGAGCGUGCAUUUCCCUUACUUGGCCUAUGCAACGGCGUUUUCAUCGCUCAGUAUAUUUUUUGUAUCAUUUUGGAGUACUUUUUUUGUGAAAAUGGAAACACUGCUCAGUGUGUGUGCGCAUAUGUUACGCGUUUGCGCAGUUCGUUAAUGACAAAAAUAAAGUAGAUACCAUCAAAACAUAAUAAAUACUAUUUUCUGGCCUCCGCAGACUGAAUUGUAAAACUAAUAAGCGACAAAAUCGAUCUAACUGGUCUGUGUAAAUGCCUUUGCAUGGACACAAGAGAAUUGCUCGCUCUUGCUGAAACCAAUGAAAUGUCCCCAUCUGCUUGCCCGUAAAACAUAGUUGUUUUGGCCACAUUUUCAGCCAGUUACUAACAAUUAAAAGAAAAAAAAUUGCAAUUUGCGUCCUUUUAGUCAGGGUUUGCUACUAGUCGUCUUACAGGCUAUUCUGCUUAAGUUGCCGGGUUGAUUUUGUCUGAGGCGUUUGAUCUUUUUUUCUGAUUAUCUGAUCCCAUCCCCACAAAUUUUGUUUUUCCAUUAGGCUUAGGCCAAACGUCGUACUUUUCAUGGGAAGAACUAAACUCUAAUUUGGUUUAAACCUAAAUUAAGUUAAGAUCGUUUGUUGGGUCAGACGUCGAACCUUGGACAGUUUCGGACGCGUCGAACCAGUCAACUGAAUCAGACCAAAAAGGUCCAAAAAGCAAUUUUAGCCUGCCAGUAAUAAAUUUUCUCCCCAACGAGGCUAAAUGUACGUUAUCAUACAAAUUUUUAAUUUAUUAGUUUAGUUCGUCGCGUGUGAAGACCAACGUCCCGGAGACGAUCUUCAGACGUUCUAUCUGUCUGAAGCAGACGGAUAGAACGUGUUGGACGAUCCAAACUCAUUCAGACGAACUUAACUGAGCCCGACGUCGAACUUUUCAUGAACUUAUUAGGGCCAUUUAUACGAGGAAAAAUAAGACGCGUCUUACAUAAGACGCGUCUUAAAUAAGACGCGAACUUUCCGUAUAAACGGCACAUUUCGUCUAAAAUAAGACGCGGCUUAGCUAAGACGCGUCUUAUGUAAGACGCGUCUUAUUUUUCCUCGUAUAAAUGGCCCUAUUAACUCACUUCGACGUUUUGCCUAGGGCUUCUCUUAAAACCUAUCAAAACUUGAGGGAAAUACCUGUGACUAACGUGAACUGCCGUAGCUCCAAGUAGACUCAUCUGGUUUUAAUCUUGCUCCUGACUGGAUUCUUUAGAUUGAUCGCCAUUUUAUGGAAGAUUGGAAAAGACAAAUCACCGAAGAAGUUCACGGUUCCGAAUUACCGCUGGUGGAUCCAGUGGCAAGUACGUCGUAUUCAAUUCGCCCCAUUUUGUCUUAUCUUGUCUUAAGAUUUUAAUUCUUGUUAUUUAUCUUCAUUUAACUCCCAUUCUGUUUCUUUUUGUAUAAGCGGUUGGUAGGUCGGCGGAGCCGUGGUCUAUGUGGUUUCGUGCAGAGCCUCCCAGCCGACAACGUGUCGAAGAUCGGCGGCAGACUCGCGAAGAACGAGAAGAAGAAAGAAGAAGGAAACUCGCAGAGCAGCGAAGAGAAGAAGCCCGGAAGAGAAGAGAAGAAGAAGAACAGAUGCGGCACCGAGAGCAAGAAAUGAGACGGGAAUUUGAGACGGCGAAGAAACGGGAGAAGGAACAGUUAGCGGCGCUGCAGAGAGAACUGGAACGUGAGCGUAAUGAACGAGCUUCAGUUGAGAAGGAAAAGGAUGACGAGAUAGCGCGACUGCAAGCCGAACUUGCAAGAUUGGGUGGAACAUCGGCCCCAUCUCCCAGGGGUAUGUCUUCAUCAGCUGCACCGUCGGUUAACACUCCGCAUCCUAGCGAGCCCAGCCCUGAACCCUCGAGUUCACACCAAGAGGCGGAGGACCUGGUACGGUCGUUAAUAGGGGGAACACUUCGCAGCUUGGAUCUGGGUGAGAACUGGUACCAAGUAAUAUAAAUGAAUGUUUCUCUGUGUUGCAGAAACCAUUGUUGGUUCACUUUUGUGUCGUGUUGUGGUGUUGGUAUUGUUCAGUGUUAAUCUCGUACCUCGAGUUUACCACGAGUCUUCGUCCCUUACAGCGCAUGCUGGCUUGACGAGACGCUGUUUCCCGACCGCUGGUCAAGGGGAACGAAGACGCUGGGUACGAGGGUGGUUCAGUGUCUUUUCAAUCUUUUGUGUUACGUCAUUUAGUGAUCUCACUCACCCACAACACUAAAUACUCUUUAGAAACUAGUUGCAGUCUUUUGGUGUAAUGGAGGAUAUUGAAAGCUUUUCUCAAUUAGGAAAUUAUCAGUUCUGUGCCAGACAAGUUUAGAUUUAGUUUUUCCAUUGAUCUUGGUCAAUUACUCAUCAAAAGAGGCUGAGCGCAGGGUGAGGUGGAUGGAAAUUCAAAUGCAUGUGAAGCCCUGCUGUAUAUGCUGUCCUAAAUUGCUUUCCCCCUCUUUGUGUAUGCGCCCGGGUGUAUACCACUUUGAAUUGGAUUGUAAGCUCUUACGGUGAAUUUUUUGCAGUGGCCCACGGCACUGAAGAACAACGGACAAAUCUUGACGUCGCUACAAGAGAAGCGUUGGAUAGAAAUUCUCACCAGUACAGAGAAGCAGAGAGAGAACUGUUUGGUCGGGAACUUGAAGCUGAAGAAUGGGACAGAAUGAACGAAGAGGAACGGUCAGAGAAGACAAAUGAGCUCAUGAAGAGACUAAAAGACAAGAGAAAACUGCGAUUAAACGCGGCGGCGGUACAGUAAAUGUAGGAAAAAUGCGGUGAAUGUUAGACGAAACCAGGAGCUUCUGCUUCAGAUAUUUUAGUAGUUUAAAUUUGAAUGAUAAACGAUAAGUUUCGUUACCUUCAAAUCUGAUUAGGCAACGAAAUUAUAGGGAAAAAUCAGCCAAGUCCCUAGGCGGUCUCUCUUGAUCCGUUGUCCGCCGAAGUCCGGGAGGGAGCAAGCGAGAGUUCUCGGCGAGUAUCUCUUGGUGACGUCAAAACCUGGUAGAGUCCAGGAAUGACUCGGAAUGACUGAGCCGAAAA